AAUGGCACAGCUGGACAUGGCGGACACAACUCGAAUACGAAUCCACUCUAUUCCAGGAUCGGACAGGUUUUAUAACCCACACAUAGGCAAAGGAAAAGUAGUAUUUACUGGACCAGAUGCUAUAUCCAAUCAGAGAGUUACGAGACUGCAGCCAACGUAUGUUGGUAUUGGCACCAUGUCACCAGAGGGUACCAGUGAUGCAGAAUAUCUGUGGAGACCAGGCAGGAGAUGGGCUUUUCCUGCACCCAAAUCAGCAAGUGUUGGAGCAAUUGGAUGGGGUUUAAACUUAUUUCAUGACAUCAAGAGGUUAAAAAGUGGUCAACAGAUUAUGAGAGGAGAAUUUAGACAAGAAUGUGAAGACAGACACACUCAUUUGUACCAAAAUCCCUGGUAUCCUGAUAUGCGGGACCAGCAAGAGGAAGGACCAGCAGUAAAUAACACGUACGACCGGCAUAGUAUCUAUUCGAGACCAGGAACGUCACAUCAGCACAGCCCUGUAUUGAGGUCCAGUACCCCUACCCCUAGGGUACACUAUGAGAACAGAGAUAGACAUUUACCACUCAGACCGAGAUCAUGUACACCAAGCACUCAAAGAUCAAGAUCUGGAACUGUCUCUAGUUCAACAUCGCAUUACAGUCAGCAAUACACAUACUGAUGUACUACUACGGGGGAGGGUGAAGAGCACUGAAUACAUGGGUCUCUAUUAUUUUUGAUAGUCUAGUCUAGGAUGUUUUUGUAAUUGUUUUCUAAGAGUGCAAUGCUAAUUCUUGUAUUACACCAUGAAUGCAAUUCCAUUAUUGAUAUUUAAAAGUAUUUUGAUAAUAAUAAA